AUGGAAUCGCCAAAUUCUCUUAAUCCAUACGAAAAUAUGAGUCUAGACGAUAUCAUAAUUACAGAGUGUACUGACGAUCAUAAUGAUCAAUAUUUCAAAGCUUUCAUGGAUGUGGGUAGCUCAACAAGGGAAGGGAGAAAGAGAGCCCACAUUGAUAGGGGUCAUGUAGAAGGACAACAACGUUUGUUCGAUGAAUACUUUUUUGAUGAACUGAUGUAUAUAGAAUAUCAAUUUCGAAGGAGAUUUAGAAUGUGUAGACAUGUAUUCCUAUGCAUAGUUCAAGCUCUAGAAAAUCAUUCAGAGUAUUUCCAGAUGAGGUUUAAUGUAGUCGGUAGAAGGGGGCUUUCACCAUUACAGAAAUGCAUCGCUGCUAUACGAAUGUUUGCAUAUAGAGUGCCUACCAAUUAUGUUGAUGAGUAUGUUCGAAUUGGGCAAGCUCCAAGAGUUGAGUUUACGAUAAAUGACACACAAUACAACAAAGGGUACUAUCUAGCAUAUGGUAUCUAUCCAGAGUGGGGUACAUUUGUUAAAACUAUCCCACUGCCUCAAGUAGAGAAAAGAAAAUUAUUUUCCCGAUUCCAAGAAGCGAUACGCAAAGAUGUUGAGCGAGCAUUCAGAGUACUUCAAUCUCAUUUUGCUAUUUUACGAAGACUAGCACGUUUUUGGCAAAGAGAUGUUCUCACCGAUAAUAUGUAUACAUGCAUCAUAUUGCACAACAUUAUUGUCGAGGAUGAAAGAGAUGCAUAUGAGAGUUUGUUUGAUUUUAAUUUUGAUGAUAGCCAUGCCGACACCCCAACGGUUGAAGUAUUGCAUAGACCUAAUUCUGACUUCCCAACAAUGCUUCAAAGGAGUGCUGAAAUUCGUGACAAAAACAUUCAUCGCAAUCUUUAA